AUGGAGCCCGCUGAUACUAAUGAGAAGAAGCAAAAUGGCCACACCAAAAUCCAUGGCCCUGUGGCGGGCGUCUACUUGGCAAAAUCCAAGCAGAAGAUCAGCAUAUACGAAGCCAUGAAGAAACGUCUGCUUAAAUCCGGAACGGCGUUGGCCCUGCUGGAAGCGCAGGUCGCCACAGUAGGUGUCGUAGACCCUGUGAAGAACCAAAUACUUCCAGUCACGGAGGCCAUCAAGGAAAAACUCAUCGGACUUGAGUUGAAGGAGAAGCUCCUCUUUGCAGAGAAGGCUGUCACCGGUUACGUGGACCCUUACACCAACCAAACCAUCUCCGUGUUCCAAGCCAUGCAAAAAGACUUGGUACCCAGAGAUUACGGUUUAAGACUACUUCAAUCUCAAAUCGCCACGCACGGCCUGCUAGAUCCAAUUGAGAAGACAACCCUUUCAGUUGAGUCAGCCAUUCAGAAAGGCUACUACGAGAAAGGUCUACUGGAUGAUGAUCAGAUGUCAGAGUUGAAGGUGUUCUAUGAUCCGAGCACACAACAGCACAUCAACUACAAAACACUUAUCGAGAAGUGUAUUGUGGAACCAGACACAGGUCUGCUUCUUCUCCCCAUCUUCAUCACCUUCAAGGGCUUGAGACGAGGCAUUUCCUCCGCAGAACUCUUUGAAUCCAAGAUCAUUGACAAAGAAAUGUACGAUAACCUGCAGGAAGGGAAGACUACAACCCAGCAAGUGAUGCUGAAUGAGACAGUAAAAGAAUAUCUCCAGGGCAAAGGCAGCAUUUCUGGCAUUGCAAUCCUCUCAUCCAAUCAGAGAUUGAGCAUCUAUGAAGCCAUGAAGCGUAACAUACUGAUGCCUGGGACGGCUCUAGUUCUUCUGGAGGCGCAGGCCGCGACCGGAUUCAUGAUCGAUCCCGUGGAAAACAAAACGUUCACUGUGGACGAGGCUAUAAAAAACAAACUCAUUGGGCCUGAAUAUUACGCCAAGUUGCGUUCCGCCGAACGAGCCGUGACUGGCUACAAAGACCCGUACACGGAAAAAACCAUUUCCCUCUUUCAAGCACUCUCCAAAGAUCUCAUCCUGAAGGAACAUGGGAUCCGCCUCCUGGAGGCACAAAUUGCCACAGGAGGAAUAAUCGACCCCAUCCACAGCCACAGGCUCCCCACAGAGGUGGCCUUCAAAAGAGGCUAUUUUGACCAAGAAAUGAAAGCCAUACUUGAAGAUUCGGGUGAUGACACAAAAGGAUUCUUUGACCCAAACACUGAGGAGAAUUUAACGUACCUUCAGCUGAUGCAAAGGUGUGUCACCGAUCCUGCUACCGGACUCUGCCUCCUUCCUCUUCGAGACAAAUCAGAUGUACUGAACUUCACCUUCAUUGAUUACCAAACUAAGAUGUCCUUCAAACAGAAGAAGGUGAAAGUGGCUUGUGGGAAGUACUCAGGAAUGACAGUAUCUCUGUGGGAGUUGCUGAUGUCAGAAUACUUAGAUGAAAAGCAGCGCAAAGACAUCAUACGGAAAUACCGGGAAAGGAUGCUCACUAUCGAGACGAUUGUCACAACGGUUCUACAAAUCAUUGAGACAUCUGUCAAAAACGCCAAAGUCAUCUUUGAAGGCAUUCGAGAAACAGUCACAGCUAAACAGUUGGUUGAGGCUGACAUCAUCAGCGAGGAGAUCCGAGAUGAUCUGAAAAAAGGUAAGAAGUCUGUUCAAGAUGUAAUUGAGGAUCAAAACCUACAUGUGUACCUCCAGGGUAAAGACAGCAUUGCAGGUGUUCUCCUACCUGACUCCCAGAUCCUGACCAUUUACCAAGCAAGACAGAAAGGCAAACUGAUGCCAGGAACAGCUCUGAUUUUACUCGAGGCUCAAGCGGCAACAGGAUUCAUUAUUGAUCCGAUUGGAAACAGAAAGUUUUCCGUGGACGAGGCUAUCAAAGCUAAGAUUAUUGGGCCCGAUUUUUACCAAAAGUUGCGUUCUGCAGAAAAGGCGGUAACAGGUUACAAAGACCCAUACUACGGGACCACAAUCUCUCUGUUCCAAGCCAUGCAAAAAGACCUCAUCGUAAAGGAUCACGGUAUUCGACUCCUGGAGGCGCAAAUUGCCACUGGCGGCAUCAUUGACCCAGUUAAUAGCCAUCGCAUUCCCGUCCAAGUGGCCUACAAACGUGGAUACUUCAACCAGGAGAUGAAUGAGAUCCUGAGUGAUCCUACUGAUGACACCAAAGGUUUUUUUGACCCCAACACACAUGAGAAUCUCACCUACUUGCAACUCCUGGCCAGAUGUGUCACAGAUCCCAGUACGGGACUCUGUCUCCUGCCACUGAAAGUCAACAACAAAAAACUUUCAGUGGCUGAAGCUGUGGCUCAGAAUGUAGUCGGCAGCGAGAUGAAAAAGAAACUGCUGUCAGCAGAACGGGCUGUCACAGGAUAUACUGACCCCUACACUGGUGAGACCAUUUCCUUAUUCCAGGCCCUGAUAAAAGAUCUCAUCGUAAAGGAUCAUGGAAUCCGUCUUCUGGAAGCUCAAAUUGCCACAGGAGGCAUCAUUGACCCAGUAUACAGUCACAGAGUUCCUGUGCAGGUGGCUUACCAAAGAGGCUACUUUGAUGAAGAAAUGAAUCAGAUUCUGUCUGACCCAGAUGACGACACAAAGGGAUUUUUUGAUCCCAACACGCAAGAGAAUCUGACUUAUCUCCAACUUAUAGAGAGAUGUGUCACUGACCCAAAAACAGGACUUAUUGUACUACCCAUUGUGAAGAAAGGGGAGUUUUAUUUCUAUGUUGAUGAGGCCACAAAACUUAUCCUGAAAUUAAGGACAACCACUAAAGCAGGAGGAAAGUAUCAAGGAACCACGGUGUCACUGUGGGAUCUGCUCUACUCCAGAUAUAUCACUGAAGAGAAGAGGCAAGAGCUCGUGCAACAAUACAAGUCUGGAGUUAUCGCGAUUGAACGCUUUUUGGAAAUCAUCUUGAUGAUCAUUCAGCAGCAGACCACUACCACAACCUCAUCAUCAACCAUCACAUGUCAAAUCCCUGAAACAAACGUUGACAGCAGUACCACAAAUACUACCAUCACCACCACAGUUACAGAGACCGAAACCUUUCAUGGUAUUAGAAAGGAUGUCAGUGCUACAGAGUUGCUAGAAUCUAAAAUCAUUGACGAAGACAUCUACAAAGAACUGAAUGCAGGAACCAUCACAGUUGAGGAGGUCAGUGAAAUGGACUCUGUCCGUCGGUAUCUGGAAGGGACCAACUGCAUUGCAGGAGUGUACCUGCAGUCCACCAAAGAGACCCUGAGCAUCUUUGAAGCCAAGUCCAGAGGCCUGCUGACUCCUGGAACGUCUCUUGUGCUCCUCGAGGCCCAAGCUGCCACUGGCUUUGUCAUUGACCCAGUCAACAACAAGAAACUCUCAGUAGACGAGGCUGCAGCUCAGGGUGUGGUUGGCAGAGAAUGGCAAAAGAAGCUGCUCUCGGCAGAACGAGCCGUCACAGGGUACAAAGACCCUUACACCGAAAAAACAAUCUCCCUGUUCCAAGCGCUGAAGAAAGACCUGAUCGUCAAAGAUCAUGGAAUUCGCCUUCUGGAAGCUCAAAUUGCCACAGGGGGCAUCAUUGACCCAGUUUACAGCCACAGAGUUCCAGUGCAGGUGGCUUACCAAAGAGGCUACUUUGAUGAAGAAAUGAACCAGAUUCUGUCCGACCCAGAUGAUGACACUAAGGGAUUUUUUGAUCCAAACACACAAGAGAACCUCACUUAUCUCCAGUUGGUCGAGAGGUGUAUCACAGAUCCCAUCACUGGUCUUAGCCUGUUGGUUAUUGUGAAGAAAGGGGAGUUUUACUUCUUUGUUGAUGAGGCCACAAAACUUAUCCUGAAAUCAAGGACAACCACUAAAGCAGGAGGAAAGUACCAAGGAACCACGGUGUCACUGUGGGAUCUGCUCUACUCCAGAUAUAUCACUGAGGAGAAGAGGCGAGAGCUCGUGCAACAAUACAAGUCCGGAGUUAUCACGAUUGAACGCUUUUUGGAAAUCAUCUUGAUGAUCAUUCAGCAGCAGACCACGACCACAACCUCAUCAUCAACCAUCACAUAUCAAAUACCUGAAACAAACGUUGACAGCAGCACCACAAACACUAUCAUCACCACCACAGUUACAGAGACCGAAACCUUUCAUGGUAUUAGAAAGGAUGUCAGUGCUACAGAGUUGCUUGAAUCUAAAAUCAUUGACGAGAACCUCUACAAAGAACUGAAUGCAGGAACCAUCACAGUUGAGGAAGUCAGUGAAAUGGACUCUGUCCGUCGGUAUUUAGAAGGGACCAACUGCAUUGCAGGAGUGUACCUGCAGUCCACCAAAGAGACCCUGAGCAUCUUUGAAGCCAAGUCCAGAGGCCUGCUGACUCCUGGAACGUCUCUUGUGCUCCUCGAGGCCCAAGCUGCCACUGGCUUUGUCAUUGACCCAGUCAACAACAAAAAACUCUCAUUAGACGAGGCUGUAGCUCAGGGUGUGGUUGGCAGAGAAUGGCAAAAGAAGCUGCUCUCGGCAGAACGAGCCGUCACAGGAUACAAAGACCCUUACACCGAAAAAACAAUCUCCCUGUUCCAAGCGCUGAAGAAAGACCUAAUCGUCAAAGAUCAUGGAAUUCGCCUUCUGGAAGCUCAAAUUGCCACAGGGGGCAUCAUUGACCCAGUUUACAGCCACAGAGUUCCUGUGCAGGUGGCUUACCAAAGAGGCUAUUUCGAUGAAGAAAUGAACCAGAUUCUGUCCGACCCAGAUGACGACACCAAGGGAUUUUUUGAUCCAAACACACAAGAAAACCUCACUUAUCUCCAGUUGGUCGAGAGGUGUAUCACAGAUCCCAUCACUGGUCUUAGCCUGUUGGUUAUUGUGAAGAAAGGGGAGUUUUACUUCUUUGUUGAUGAGGCCACAAAACUUAUCCUGAAAUCAAGGACAACCACUAAAGCAGGAGGAAAGUACCAAGGAACCACGGUGUCACUGUGGGAUCUGCUCUACUCCAGAUAUAUCACUGAGGAGAAGAGGCGAGAGCUCGUGCAACAAUACAAGUCCGGAGUUAUCACGAUUGAACGCUUUUUGGAAAUCAUCUUAAUGAUCAUUCAGCAGCAGACCACUACCACAACCUCAUCAUCAACCAUCACAUAUCACAUACCUGAAACAAACGUUGACAGCAGUAUCACAAAUACUACCAUCACCACCACAGUUACAGAGACCGAAACCUUUCAUGGUAUUAGAAAGGAUGUCAGUGCUACAGAGUUGCUUGAAUCUAAAAUCAUUGACGAAGACAUCUACAAAGAACUGAAUGCAGGAACCAUCACAGUUGAGGAAGUCAGUGAAAUGGACUCUGUCCGUCGGUAUCUCGAAGGGACCAACUGCAUUGCAGGAGUGUACCUGCAGUCCACCAAAGAGACCCUGAGCAUCUUUGAAGCCAAGUCCAGAGGCCUGCUGACUCCUGGAACAUCUCUUGUGCUCCUCGAGGCCCAAGCUGCCACUGGCUUUGUCAUUGACCCAGUCAACAACAAGAAACUCUCAGUAGACGAGGCUGCAGCUCAGGGUGUGGUUGGCAGAGAAUGGCAAAAGAAGCUGCUCUCGGCAGAACGAGCCGUCACAGGGUACAAGGACCCUUACACCGAAAAAACAAUCUCCCUGUUCCAAGCGCUGAAGAAAGACCUGAUCGUCAAAGAUCAUGGAAUUCGCCUUCUGGAAGCACAAAUUGCCACAGGCGGCAUCAUUGACCCAGUUUACAGCCACAGAGUUCCAGUGCAGGUGGCUUACCAAAGAGGCUACUUUGAUGAAGAAAUGAACCAGAUUCUGUCCGACCCAGAUGACGACACUAAGGGAUUUUUUGAUCCAAACACGCAAGAGAACCUCACUUAUCUCCAGUUGGUCGAGAGGUGUAUCACAGAUCCCAUCACUGGUCUUAGCCUGUUGGUUAUUGUGAAGAAAGGGGAGUUCUACUUCUUUGUUGAUGAGGCCACAAAAGUUGUACUGAAAUCAACAACUACCAACAGAGCAGGAGGAAAGUAUCAGGGAACCACAGUGACGCUGUGGGAUUUGCUCUACUCCAGAUACAUCACUGAGGAGAAGAGGAGGCAGCUUGUACAACAGUUCAAGUCUGGUGCUAUCACCAUUGAACGCUUUUUGGAAAUCAUCUUGAUGAUCAUUCAGCAGCAGACCACUGCCACAACCUCAUCAUCAACCAUCACAUGUCAAAUACCUGAAACAAACGUUGACAGCAACACCACAAAGACUACCAUCACCACAACAGUUACAGAGACCGAAACCUUUCAUGGUAUUAGAAAGGAUGUCAGUGCUACAGAGUUGCUUGAAUCUAAAAUCAUUGAUGAGAACCUCUACAAAGAACUGAAUGCAGGAACUAUCACAGUUGAGGAGGUCAGUGAAAUGGACUCUGUCCGUCGGUAUCUGGAAGGGACCAACUGCAUUGCAGGAGUGUACCUGCAGUCCACCAAAGAGACCCUGAGCAUCUUUGAAGCCAAGUCCAGAGGCCUGCUGACUCCUGGAACGUCUCUUGUGCUCCUCGAGGCCCAAGCUGCCACUGGCUUUGUCAUUGACCCAGUCAACAACAAGAAACUCUCAGUAGACGAGGCUGCAGCUCAGAGUGUGGUUGGCAGAGAAUGGCAAAAGAAGCUGCUCUCGGCAGAACGAGCCGUCACAGGGUACAAAGACCCUUACACCGAAAAAACAAUCUCCCUGUUCCAAGCGCUGAAGAAAGACCUGAUCGUCAAAGAUCAUGGAAUUCGCCUUCUGGAAGCUCAAAUUGCCACAGGGGGCAUCAUUGACCCAGUUUACAGCCACAGAGUUCCAGUGCAGGUGGCUUACCAAAGAGGCUACUUUGAUGAAGAAAUGAACCAGAUUCUGUCCGACCCAGAUGACGACACUAAGGGAUUUUUUGAUCCAAACACGCAAGAGAACCUCACUUAUCUCCAGUUGGUCGAGAGGUGUAUCACAGAUCCCAUCACUGGUCUUAGCCUGUUGGUUAUUGUGAAGAAAGGGGAGUUCUACUUCUUUGUUGAUGAGGCCACAAAACUUAUCCUGAAAUCAAGGACAACCACUAAAGCAGGAGGAAAGUACCAAGGAACCACGGUGUCACUGUGGGAUUUGCUCUACUCCAGAUACAUCACUGAGGAGAAGAGGAGGCAGCUUGUCCAACAGUUCAAGUCUGGUGCUAUCACCAUUGAACGCUUUUUGGAAAUCAUCUUGAUGAUCAUUCAGCAGCAGACCACUACCACAACCUCAUCAUCAACCAUCACAUGUCAAAUACCUGAAACAAACGUUGACAGCAGUACCACAAAUACUACCAUCACCACCACAGUUACAGAGACCGAAACCUUUCAUGGUAUUAGAAAGGAUGUCAGUGCUACAGAGUUGCUAGAAUCUAAAAUCAUUGACGAGAACCUCUACAAAGAACUGAAUGCAGGAACUAUCACAGUUGAGGAGGUCAGUGAAAUGGACUCUGUCCGUCGGUAUCUGGAAGGGACCAACUGCAUUGCAGGAGUGUACCUGCAGUCCACCAAAGAGACCCUGAGCAUCUUUGAAGCCAAGUCCAGAGGCCUGCUGACUCCUGGAACGUCUCUUGUGCUCCUCGAGGCCCAAGCUGCCACUGGCUUUGUCAUUGACCCAGUCAACAACAAGAAACUCUCAGUAGACGAGGCUGCAGCUCAGGGUGUGGUUGGCAGAGAAUGGCAAAAGAAGCUGCUCUCGGCAGAACGAGCCGUCACAGGGUACAAAGACCCUUACACCGAAAAAACAAUCUCCCUGUUCCAAGCGUUGAAGAAAGACCUGAUCGUCAAAGAUCAUGGAAUUCGCCUUCUGGAAGCUCAAAUUGCCACAGGGGGCAUCAUUGACCCAGUUUACAGCCACAGAGUUCCAGUGCAGGUGGCUUACCAAAGAGGCUACUUUGAUGAAGAAAUGAACCAGAUUCUGUCCGACCCAGAUGAUGACACUAAGGGAUUUUUUGAUCCAAACACACAAGAGAACCUCACUUAUCUCCAGUUGGUCGAGAGGUGUAUCACAGAUCCCAUCACUGGUCUUAGCCUGUUGGUUAUUGUGAAGAAAGGGGAGUUUUACUUCUUUGUUGAUGAGGCCACAAAACUUAUCCUGAAAUCAAGGACAACCACUAAAGCAGGAGGAAAGUACCAAGGAACCACGGUGUCACUGUGGGAUCUGCUCUACUCCAGAUAUAUCACUGAGGAGAAGAGGCGAGAGCUCGUGCAACAAUACAAGUCCGGAGUUAUCACGAUUGAACGCUUUUUGGAAAUCAUCUUCAUGAUCAUUCAGCAGCAGACCACGACUACAACCUCAUCAUCAACCAUCACAUAUCAAAUACCUGAAACAAACGUUGACAGCAGCACCACAAAUACUACCAUCACCACCACAGUUACAGAGACCGAAACCUUUCAUGGUAUUAGAAAGGAUGUCAGUGCUACAGAGUUGCUUGAAUCUAAAAUCAUUGACGAGAACCUCUACAAAGAACUGAAUGCAGGAACCAUCACAGUUGAGGAAGUCAGUGAAAUGGACUCUGUCCGUCGGUAUUUAGAAGGGACCAACUGCAUUGCAGGAGUGUACCUGCAGUCCACCAAAGAGACCCUGAGCAUCUUUGAAGCCAAGUCCAGAGGCCUGCUGACUCCUGGAACGUCUCUUGUGCUCCUCGAGGCCCAAGCUGCCACUGGCUUUGUCAUUGACCCAGUCAACAACAAGAAACUCUCAGUAGACGAGGCUGCAGCUCAGGGUGUGGUUGGCAGAGAAUGGCAAAAGAAGCUGCUCUCGGCAGAACGAGCCGUCACAGGGUACAAAGACCCUUACACCGAAAAAACAAUCUCCCUGUUCCAAGCGCUGAAGAAAGACCUGAUCGUCAAAGAUCAUGGAGUUCGCCUUCUGGAAGCUCAAAUUGCCACAGGGGGCAUCAUUGACCCAGUUUACAGCCACAGGGUUCCCGUGCAAGUGGCUUACCAAAGAGGCUACUUUGAUGAAGAAAUGAACCAGAUUCUGUCCGACCCAGAUGACGACACCAAGGGAUUUUUUGAUCCAAACACACAAGAGAACCUCACUUAUCUCCAGUUGGUCGAGAGGUGUAUCACAGAUCCUGUCACUGGUCUUAGCCUGUUGGUUAUUGUGAAGAAAGGGGAGUUCUACUUCUUUGUUGAUGAGGCCACAAAACUUAUCCUGAAAUCAAGGACAACCACUAAAGCAGGUGGAAAGUAUCAAGGAACCACUGUGUCACUGUGGGAUUUGCUCUACUCCAGAUACAUCACUGAGGAGAAGAGGAGGCAGCUUGUACAACAGUUCAAGUCUGGUGCUAUCACCAUUGAACGCUUUUUGGAAAUCAUCUUGAUGAUCAUUCAGCAGCAGACCACUACCACAACCUCAUCAUCAACUAUCACAUGUCAAAUACCUGAAAGAAACAUUGACUGCAACACCACAAAGACCACCAUCACCACAACAGUUACAGAGGCUGAAACCUUUCAUGGCAUUAGAAAGGAUGUCAGUGCGACAGAGUUGCUAGAAUCUAAAAUCAUUGACGAGAACCUCUACAAAGAACUGAAUGCAGGAAAUAUCACAGUUGAGGAGGUCAGUGAAAUGGACUCUGUCCGUCGGUAUCUGGAAGGGACCAACUGCAUUGCAGGAGUGUACCUGCAGUCCACCAAAGAGACCCUGAGCAUCUUUGAAGCCAAGUCCAGAGGCCUGCUGACUCCUGGAACAUCUCUUGUGCUGCUUGAGGCCCAAGCUGCCACUGGCUUUGUCAUUGACCCAGUCAACAACAAGAAACUCUCAGUAGACGAGGCUGUAGCUCAGGGUGUGGUUGGCAGAGAAUGGCAAAAGAAGCUGCUCUCGGCAGAACGAGCCGUCACAGGAUACAAAGACCCUUACACCGAAAAAACAAUCUCCCUGUUCCAAGCGCUGAAGAAAGACCUGAUCGUCAAAGAUCAUGGAGUUCGCCUUCUGGAAGCUCAAAUUGCCACAGGGGGCAUCAUUGACCCAGUUUACAGCCACAGAGUUCCAGUGCAGGUGGCUUACCAAAGAGGCUAUUUUGAUGAAGAAAUGAACCAGAUUCUGUCCGACCCAGAUGACGACACCAAGGGAUUUUUUGAUCCAAACACACAAGAGAACCUCACUUAUCUCCAGUUGGUCGAGAGGUGUAUCACAGAUCCCAUCACUGGUCUUAGCCUGUUGGUUAUUGUGAAGAAAGGGGAGUUUUACUUCUUUGUUGAUGAGGCCACAAAACUUAUCCUGAAAUCAAGGACAACCACUAAAGCAGGAGGAAAGUACCAAGGAACCACGGUGUCACUGUGGGAUCUGCUCUACUCCAGAUACAUCACUGAGGAGAAGAGGAGGCAGCUUGUCCAACAGUUCAAGUCUGGUGCUAUCACCAUUGAACGCUUUUUGGAAAUCAUCUUGAUGAUCAUUCAGCAGCAGACCACUACCACAACCUCAUCAUCAACCAUCACAUAUCAAAUACCUGAAACAAACGUUGACAGCAGUACCACAAAUACUACCAUCACCACCACAGUUACAGAGACCGAAACCUUUCAUGGUAUUAGAAAGGAUGUCAGUGCUACAGAGUUGCUAGAAUCUAAAAUCAUUGACGAAGACAUCUACAAAGAACUGAAUGCAGGAACCAUCACAGUUGAGGAAGUGAGUGAAAUGGACUCUGUCCGUCGGUAUCUCGAAGGGACCAACUGCAUUGCAGGAGUGUACCUGCAGUCCACCAAAGAGACCCUGAGCAUCUUUGAAGCCAAGUCCAGAGGCCUGCUGACUCCUGGAACGUCUCUUGUGCUCCUCGAGGCCCAAGCUGCCACUGGCUUUGUCAUUGACCCAGUCAACAACAAGAAACUCUCAGUAGACGAGGCUGCAGCUCAGGGUGUGGUUGGCAGAGAAUGGCAAAAGAAGCUGCUCUCGGCAGAACGAGCCGUCACAGGGUACAAAGACCCUUACACCGAAAAAACAAUUUCCCUGUUCCAAGCGCUGAAGAAAGACCUGAUCGUCAAAGAUCAUGGAAUUCGCCUUCUGGAAGCUCAAAUUGCCACAGGGGGCAUCAUUGACCCAGUUUACAGCCACAGAGUUCCAGUGCAGGUGGCUUACCAAAGAGGCUACUUUGAUGAAGAAAUGAACCAGAUUCUGUCCGACCCAGAUGAUGACACUAAGGGAUUUUUUGAUCCAAACACGCAAGAGAACCUCACUUAUCUCCAGUUGGUCGAGAGGUGUAUCACAGAUCCCAUCACUGGUCUUAGCCUGUUGGUUAUUGUGAAGAAAGGGGAGUUCUACUUCUUUGUUGAUGAGGCCACAAAGGUUGUACUAAAAUCAACAACUACCAACAAAGCAGGAGGAAAGUAUCAAGGAACCACAGUGACGCUGUGGGAUUUGCUCUACUCCAGAUACAUCACUGAGGAGAAGAGGAGGCAGCUUGUCCAACAGUUCAAGUCUGGUGCUAUCACUAUUGAACGCUUUUUGGAAAUCAUCGUGAUGAUCAUUCAGCAGCAGACCACUACCACAACCUCAUCAUCAACCAUCACAUGUCAAAUACCUGAAAGAAACAUUGACUGCAACACCACAAAGACCACCAUCACCACAACAGUUACAGAGGCUGAAACCUUUCAUGGCAUUAGAAAGGAUGUCAGUGCUACAGAGUUGCUAGAAUCUAAAAUCAUUGACGAGAACCUCUACAAAGAACUGAAUGCAGGAACUAUCACAGUUGAGGAAGUCAGUGAAAUGGACUCUGUCCGUCGGUAUCUAGAAGGGACCAACUGCAUUGCAGGAGUGUACCUGCAGUCCACCAAAGAGACCCUGAGCAUCUUUGAAGCCAAGUCCAGAGGCCUGCUGACUCCUGGAACGUCUCUUGUGCUCCUCGAGGCCCAAGCUGCCACUGGCUUUGUCAUUGACCCAGUCAACAACAAGAAACUCUCAGUAGACGAGGCUGCAGCUCAGGGUGUGGUUGGCAGAGAAUGGCAAAAGAAGCUGCUCUCGGCAGAACGAGCCGUCACAGGGUACAAAGACCCUUACACCGAAAAAACAAUCUCCCUGUUCCAAGCGCUGAAGAAAGACCUGAUCGUCAAAGAUCAUGGAGUUCGCCUUCUGGAAGCUCAAAUUGCCACAGGGGGCAUCAUUGACCCAGUUUACAGCCACAGAGUUCCAGUGCAGGUGGCUUACCAAAGAGGCUACUUUGAUGAAGAAAUGAACCAGAUUCUGUCCGACCCAGAUGACGACACCAAGGGAUUUUUUGAUCCAAACACACAAGAGAACCUCACUUAUCUCCAGUUGGUCGAGAGGUGUAUCACAGAUCUCAUCACUGGUCUUAGCCUGUUGGUUAUUGUGAAGAAAGGGGAGGUCUACUUCUUUGUUGAUGAGGCCACAAAGGUUGUACUGAAAUCAACAACUACCAACAGAGCAGGAGGAAAGUAUCAGGGAACCACAGUGACACUGUGGGAUUUGCUCUACUCCAGAUACAUCACUGAGGAGAAGAGGAGGCAGCUUGUACAACAGUUCAAGUCACGUGCUAUCACCAUUGAACGCUUUUUGGAAAUCAUCUUGAUGAUCAUUCAGCAGCAGACCAAUACCACAACCUCAUCAUCAACCAUCACAUGUCAAAUACCUGAACGAAACAUUGACAGCAACACCACAAAGACCACCAUCACCACCACAGUUACAGAGACCGAAACCUUUCAUGGCAUUAGAAAGGAUGUCAGUGCUACAGAGUUGCUAGAAUCUAAAAUCAUUGAUGAGAACCUCUACAAAGAACUGAAUGCAGGAACUAUCACAGUUGAGGAGGUCAGUGAAAUGGACUCUGUCCGUCGGUAUCUGGAAGGGACCAACUGCAUUGCAGGAGUGUACCUGCAGUCCACCAAAGAGACCCUGAGCAUCUUUGAAGCCAAGUCCAGAGGCCUGCUGACUCCUGGAACGUCUCUUGUGCUCCUCGAGGCCCAAGCUGCCACUGGCUUUGUCAUUGACCCAGUCAACAACAAGAAACUCUCAGUAGACGAGGCUGCAGCUCAGGGUGUGGUUGGCAGAGAAUGGCAAAAGAAGCUGCUCUCGGCAGAACGAGCCGUCACAGGGUACAAAGACCCUUACACCGAAAAAACAAUCUCCCUGUUCCAAGCGCUGAAGAAAGACCUGAUCGUCAAAGAUCAUGGAAUUCGCCUUCUCGAAGCUCAAAUUGCCACAGGCGGCAUCAUUGACCCAGUUUACAGCCACAGAGUUCCAGUGCAGGUGGCUUACGAAAGAGGCUACUUUGAUGAAGAAAUGAACCAGAUUUUAUCCGACUCAGAUGACGACACUAAGGGAUUUUUUGAUCCAAACACACGAGAGAAUCUCACUUAUCUCCAGCUGCUUGAGAGGUGCAUUACAGAUCCCAUCACUGGACUAAGUUUACUACCCUUGAUGAAAAAGUAAAAGUCUGUUUACGUUUUUGUGCUUUGUCUUAAUUAGUCCUGCUGUGAGCAUUUAUAUUUUUUCACUCAUGAACCUUUAAUCAUAGUUUUUUAUGUUUUAUACUAAUAUGCAAGAAACCUGUGCUAGAUUUACUCAAGUUGAUGAAACCUAGUUUGCCUGUACUUUGUAAAUAAAUAUGUGGCCUAAUAAACAUGCAUGUGAGGAUUA